AUGACUGCUGAGGUAAAAAGUGAAGAGUCGACAAAAAAUGUUGAUGAAACAAAUCCGGUCACUGAAGAAGAUACGAGAAUUAAUAAUUCAGGAAGUAACGACGUGGCAAAUGAUAUAUCACAGAAGGUUAUUAGUCCAUCGGUAGAAGAAAAGCUGGCAAGUAAAAUGUUUUCAUGUUCACGUGAAACACUAUGUUUAUUUCUUGUUAUAAUGGGUCUUACUUUUGCUGCACUUCACAAUGCACCACCCAAAAUAUCAAAACCACCACCUGCACGGCCGUUUUUUAACCAGAGUUCAAUAGUCAUUGAUUUUUAUAAAGGACAAUUAAAUGCUAUGAUUGAAAGAGCAUCGGAUUCAGAUGUUUGUUUUGUUAUGUACUAUGCACCGUGGGAUGCUGAGUCUCAAAGUGUGAGAGAAGAAUUUGAACGUGUUGCACAGUAUUAUCAUUCACAGAUAUUUUUUGCUGCUAUUAAUUGUUGGCACCCUGGAUCUGAAUGCAGACAGCAGUACAAUAAAAUACAAAGUUAUCCUGUGUUAUUUAUUUACCCUCACCGAGGGUCUGGAGUUCAGUACAGAGGAAUCAAUGAAGCUCCAUACAUCAUGCGGUUUCUUGAUACGUUUUUGAAACCCAUACACAGAAUAUCACGGCAAGAAGAACUGAUGGAGCUUCUUCUCAAGCAUGAGUCAGUUAUGGUUGGAUUUUUUGAGUUCGAAGGGCUGACAGUAAGUCCUGGAUACAAGGAAUUUUAUAAAACCGCCAUACGUGCAUUAGAAAGAGACCCUAAUAGAGAUACUGCAUUUGCUGUAGUUACAGAUCAGCAUACAGCUUCUAAAGAAUUUUAUAUUGAAUAUGUUCCUGCUAUAGUUUUAUAUUUAUGGAAUGAAUCACUUAUUUAUCCGCAAGAAAAAUUAUGGACAGUAAAUAAUAUACUUCGUUGGAAAGAUGAAUAUAAUCACAAAGUUUCUGCUUGGCUUCAACCACCCGGUGUUAAAUCUAAAACAUUGUCACCUUAUUUUAAAGAUAAUCCAGUACUCCUUCUUUUUACUCCACGAAAUCCAUUACAUUCUUCAAAUUACCACAAAAACUUGAUAAGAGAAGUAGCACUCGAGUAUAAUAACUGUGGGAAUUCUUAUCAAACUAAUCGAUUGCUCGAACGGUUACGAAAAAAACGUCAGUACGCUAAAGAAAAGUAUCGUAUAAAAAUGAAUGAAUGCUCACAAUUAUUAGCUGGGUCAAAAUCACAGCCAAUGGUCUCUCCGGUCAGUAUUUCCAUCCAAAAGUGGAUCAAUGAAAGCUGUUGCGCCAAGAUCUUUAUGAAUAAAUGUCUGUUGUGUAAAGAUGAUUCGUCUGAUGGUAAAAUUUGUAGUGUCAGUGAUAAAUUUUCAAGAAUGUGUGAAAAGAAAGAUAUAUUUAAGAGGAUUACUGAACAAAGUAAUGAAGAAAAUGAUUAUUUUUGCUGCAAUAGCUAUUCUGGUUCGAAUGAAAGACCCGCCUCUGUGAGUAAAGUAAACAGUAAAUAUAAAACAUCAAUGAUUACUCCGGAAAAUGAUUCCCGAUCAGCGAUUGCCGUCAGAAGGCAUACGAUCGAAAACGAUUGCGUUAAAUUCCUUGCUGGUGAUAAAUAUCAUUACGCAAUAUUUCCAGAUGAAUCAGAUCAAAAGUCUGACGUUAAAUUAACUGAAUCUGUUUGCAAUGUAAAUAGAACACUUGCAUUUAUAGCUGUAGAUAGUUUGCAAUACUUUCAUUUUGCUGAGGGACUUGGUCUUGAUGUUUUGAAAAUGAGAGACAAGACUGCUGUUGUUAUUUUAGAUACAUUGCAAGAAAGCCAGUACCUGAUGCAACAAAAUUUAAAUAAAAAUAAUCUAAUUAAAUUUAUAAAUAAUUAUACUACUGGAUCAUUACAACGAAAAUUGAGGUCUGACAGCUCAAAACGUUAUGCUGAGGAUUUUGAAAAAAAGUCUAAAUGUAUAAAUACACCAUCUACUAUUUGUGUUGAGGAAUUAAAUACUGAUACGUUUUUACCAACUGUAUUAGACCCAACGAAAGACGUUGUCGUGAUGUACCACUCGCCUUACUGUGCAUUUUGUAGUGCAAUUUAUUAUGUAUUCUUAACAUUAGCCCAUUUAUUAUCAAACGUGGACCAAAUUAGUUUCGUACGAAUCGACGGUGACAAUAAUGAUCUUCCAUGGGAGUACACAAUAAAUCGUUUCCCUUCAAUAUUAUUUUUCCCAGCUAAAAAAAAAGAAGACAGUACAAUAUUCCCAUCAAAUCUUCCAAUUACGAUUCCAAAUUUAUUGUCAUUUGUGCUAUCAAACUUGGAACAAGACACACAUAUUGAAGCUUUAUUAAAUGUAUGCCAUAUUGGCGCCGGUGAGUCUCCGGAAAAAUGUGUCUCAAGGAUUCGCCGCUAUUGCCUUGACACUAUCCAAAAUUAUCUUCACGCUUAUCGUAAGCUCUUGAGACAACAGCAGGGCAAUGACAACAACAAAAACAUCAACGACGACAACGAUGAUGACGAUGAUGAUGGCAAUAGUGACGUUUUAUUUAAAAGGCAGAUUGCUAAAAAAAAACGUGAGAUUCUUUUAAAACUGGAGCACGUAAGAGACGUACAUCUUUUACUGAGUACCAUUGAGGAUUUACAAAACGAAGGUGAUAAAUAUAAAGAGUUAGUUAAAAAAUUUCGUACUUAUCGUAGUAAUUUAUCGUCAAUGAACAGACGAUCAAAAAAAUAUCGUAAACGUAAGAUUGGUAAUGAUGCUGUUAAGAGAGAUAGAGAGGAGAGAAUAGUCAAGGACGAAUUGUGAUAUCAUUUAAAUAAUUAUCCCACGCCUACAAACAUUUCCAUACGAUUUAUCGUUGUCAUGUAUAUAAAAGUGUACAGUAAAAAAAAUAUAUAAAAAAGUAAAAAGGAGUUUUCAGUCAUUAAAUAUUGCUUCAUUUAUUUAUGACAACUCUUUUAAUAAACGCGGUCAACGUAAAGGUUUUAUUCUGUUGUUUGUGUGUAUGCAUUUUACCGUUUGUAUUUAUAUAUAUACAAUAUAUAUAUCUAUAUCUAUAUUAUCAUUUGUAAAUAUUGUUAAAAGAGUACAAAAAUAAAUUGAUAUUUUAUCGAUAACUAAUUAGUUAUCUUUAAGUUUAUAUUUAAUUAUAUUUUUAUGUUGUAAAAAAAUAAGAUAACAAAA